UCAUCGACAUUUAUCGUGUCACCGUGAGCUGAUCCAGUGACAUAUCCGACCUAACCUUCGACCCUCAACCGACCUGACAUUGAGCAUCUUUUCAACCUUCGCUGCUCACCAACAAUGUCUGGGUCGGAUGGCAGUUACGACCUGCUUCGGCGGGCAACACAAGCGAUGAUGUCAAGUAGGCAAGGCGCCUCGGAUAGCGAGGGGGCGGAUCAGAUUGGGUCUGACACUCCAAAGUCCGGCGUCGCCACGCCUCAGCCAGACCUUUCAGAUAAACGGCUUCCCGGUAUCAUGAGCUAUUUUGGCCAGAGCGGUCCACCUACACCUACACGAGCAUUAUCUUCCACGCAAGCUCCACAAGUCCAGAGCAAGACAUCGUCAAGACAAAACAGCGACAACGCGGAUUCGAUCUCCAGCGGUACACAGACCCCGAUCUCAGCGCAGACUGGUGGCGCAAAAGCUCCUACGUUCAAGGGAAAAUUAACGAUCAAGAUUAUCGAGGGUAGAAAUCUGCGCAGAAGCCGUGAACCAUACGUUGUAGCAACAUUCCAACGCAGCGAACUCAUCUCCGCGGGUCCGAGAACCUUCGAAGAUGAGGAUGAUGAGUUGAACGUUCCCCCGCCACAAGCUGGCGGUAUUCCUAUCCAGCGAACAGAAAGCGACUCUGGCCACACGAUGGCCAUUCCCAUGAGAAGUCGCCAGAGCAGCAACACCAGUUUUGCAGGUGCUCAGUCAUUCCGAAACAAGAACCGACGUUCAUUUACCUGUCCUAGAUGGGAUGCCGAAGCAGUCUUUGACGUUGUUGAGUCCAACAUGCUUGUGAACCUUGCUAUUUAUGAUCAUGCAUUUAAUGGUCGUGAUGAACUCCUCGGUCACGUAAACUUUCUGGCCAAGCAGUCUUCGGCCGAUGAUCCAGUGCGUGGGUGGUUCCCGUUGAAGGCCAAUGCCGACACUAUCCCCGAGCAUACCCCGACCGGCGAAAUUUACGUUGAAGCUAUAUACCACGGAAACGAGAAGAGACACUACGGACCAGAUGACUUUCAGAUUCUGCGGCUCAUUGGAAAAGGUACAUUCGGCCAGGUCUACCAGGUUCGCAAGAAGGAUACCGGCCGGAUUUACGCGAUGAAAGUGCUGUCGAAGAAGGUCAUUGUACAAAAGAAAGAGGUUGCACACACUGUUGGCGAGAGAAACAUCCUGGUUCGGACCGCUACUUCCGAGUCUCCUUUCAUCGUUGGGUUGAAGUUCUCUUUCCAGACAGCACAGGAUCUCUUCUUGGUGACAGACUACAUGUCUGGCGGUGAGCUCUUUUGGCAUUUGCAGAAAGAGGGACGGUUCGAUGAGAAGCGUGCCAAGUUCUACAUUGCCGAGCUUAUCCUCGCGAUACAGCAUCUUCACUUCAACGAUAUUGUCUAUCGUGACCUCAAGCCGGAGAAUAUCUUGCUGGAUGCCAAUGGACAUAUUGCCUUGUGUGACUUUGGUUUGUCCAAGGCAAAUCUGACCAAGAACGAUACCACAAACACAUUUUGCGGCACAACCGAAUACCUUGCUCCCGAGGUAUUGCUGGAUGAGGCCGGCUACACCAAGAUGGUCGAUUUCUGGUCACUGGGUGUUUUGGUCUUCGAAAUGUGCUGUGGUUGGAGUCCGUUUUAUGCCGAGGAUACUCAGCAGAUGUACAAAAACAUUGCAUUUGGAAAAGUCAGGUUUCCAAGAGACACGCUUUCUCAAGAGGGCAGAAACUUUGUAAAGGGAUUGCUGAACCGCAACCCCAAGCAUCGUCUGGGUGCGGUGGAUGAUGCGGAGGAGCUGAAGCGCCAUCCAUUCUUUGGCGACGUGGAUUGGGAUGCUUUGUCUAAAAAGCUCAUCACUCCUCCCUUCAAGCCAAAGUUGAAGUCCGAGACUGACGUCUCUUACUUCGACCCUGAGUUUACAAAUGCUCUCAACACGAAUGGCUCAUUGAACGAGCGAGCUCAGCAACUCGCGACGGGAUUCGCGAACUCAAACGCGACGCCUCUGUCGCCCACUGUGCAAGCCAACUUCCAAGGUUUCACGUUUGUCGAUGAAAGUUCGUUGGAUGACCAUAUGGCUGAUCGUUGUUAUGAUGAUGAGGAGAUGCGGGACACCCGCCGGGAUAACGACUGGGAUGAACUUGACGACAUUGAUCUUCGUAAGAGCAACAGAAUGAGCGGCAUAGUUCGAACGGGCGAGGAGCCUUUCAACUCGCAUUUUGACAUGUGAUGCGAGCUGGUCGAAAGUCGGUCUUGCACCUUUCAUUGGUACUUGCAUUCGCUCGCAGUGUAUCACAACAUUUUCCACAUAGUUACAGCAUUAUUUGCAUGAGCCGGCUUUUUUGAUUGCAUGGCGGUAAUGGUCACUGGUCAGAAGAUUGGAGGUUGUGGGAGGCGUUCGGUUCUGCAGACAACGAAUGCAUCAUGGCACAUACAAGAGACAGAUACAAUGUUGCAGAAACACUUGAAAAGUAUGGAAGCAUACAGGCAUACUCCCAGCAAGUCCGGUGAUACGAGAAUCAUAGUGUCUUGUUGCAAAUGGAUCAGAUCACCAUUUCGCAGCGAUGGACUCGGGCGGGAUAUGAGAUACUACACAGUUGAAAUACUCGUGAAUCGUUGUUGGUUACGACGUCGACG